GGCAGCCCUCUCGCUCCGCGCCGCUGCUGCCCCGGGAGCGAAUGAAUAAGGCGGCGCUGACGAGGGCGUCCGAUCCACACGCGCUCCGCACCCGGGCCCUCUCCAAGUUGGAAAGGACAAAAAGAAGGCAAUAAAUGCUAACAAGGGAGAGAAAGGGAGCCGGAUCGAGCGGCAACUCCCGGCCUCUGCUGGGAGAGGGAGGGCGAGAGCCGGAGAGAGCGAGCGCGCGCGAGGGCGAGCCAUGCACGUAAAGAAACUGACACCCGGACCCCCCACUUCUCCUGCACGUUGCUGGCAAUCAGAUCGCGUUUAAGCAAUUUCCUGAGCCCAAGAAUAGCAAUGAGUCGGGAGACUUUCGCGGGCUGAAAUUGGGAGCUCCAAGCACUCUCCCCCCACCACUUUUUUUUUUUUUUCCUGGAGAAGGGGUGGGGGGGCGCUACAAUUUGGAAACGGCAUUUUUUUUUUUAAUCUUGCACUUUGAAACCGCGGGACUGUAGCAGGGUGCGCGCGUGUGGUUGGUGCCUUUUUUUUUCCCCCUGCCUAAACUCCUCUGUCAGCCUGUAAACAUUACCUGAGAAUUCCCCAGCCGAAACGGCUGCUGGGGCAAGAAACUUCUUGUUAGAACUUUCCACCUCCGGCUUCCCCUCCAGCCCUCUUACUGUCCCAACCUUCUCAGACGCUUUUUCUCCUCCCGAGGAGGAUUUAUCUUUUUUUUUUUCCUCACCCGGUGUUUUGCAUUUGGGAAGAGGUGAUUUCAAGAGUGGCCAGAUGAUCUAUCUGGUGGCCAAAGCAGCCGUCGGACUGGUGCUGCCCGCCAAGCUGCGGGACCUGUCGCGGGAGAACGUCCUCAUCACGGGAGGCGGGAGAGGCAUCGGGCGCCAGCUCGCUCGCGAGUUCGCAGAACGCGGCGCCAGAAAGAUUGUUCUCUGGGGCCGGACUGAGAAAUGCCUGAAGGAGACGACGGAGGAGAUUCGGCAGAUGGGCACCGAGUGCCACUACUUCAUCUGCGACGUGGGCAACCGGGAGGAGGUGUACCAGACGGCCAAAGCUGUCCGGGAGAAGGUGGGCGAUAUCACCAUCCUGGUGAACAAUGCUGCCGUGGUCCACGGGAAAAGCCUCAUGGACAGUGACGAUGACGCCCUUCUCAAGUCACAGCACAUCAACACCCUGGGCCAGUUCUGGACCACCAAGGCCUUCUUGCCGCGGAUGCUGGAGCUGCAGAACGGCCACAUCGUGUGUCUCAACUCCGUGCUGGCACUCUCCGCCAUCCCCGGUGCCAUCGACUACUGCACGUCCAAAGCCUCGGCCUUCGCCUUCAUGGAGAGCCUCACCCUGGGGCUGCUGGACUGUCCUGGAGUCAGCGCCACCACCGUGCUGCCCUUCCACACCAGCACCGAGAUGUUCCAGGGCAUGAGGGUCAGGUUCCCCAACCUCUUCCCGCCGCUGAAGCCGGAGACGGUGGCCCGGAGGACGGUGGAAGCCGUGCAGCUCAAUCAGGCCCUGCUCCUCCUCCCGUGGACCAUGCAUGCCCUCAUUAUCUUGAAAAGCAUACUCCCACAGGCCGCACUGGAGGAGAUCUACAAAUUCUCAGGAACCUACACCUGCAUGAACACUUUCAAAGGGCGAACAUAAAGGCCGGACGCAGAGACACGCUCGCAAGCCACGGAACCUGAGGGGGCCGCGGUGCUGGGCACACACCCCCGCGCCUGUCCCUUGGCACACUUCUGCUGGGUGAGCAGGACUGCUCCUGGCCCCAGGAAGAAUCCGGGUGCCCCCCCCAGGCCAGCCCCAGGACCUUUGCACAGGACUGACGGGUGUAACUCUGACCCCCAUGGGGAGGCGAGAAACCAGCCAGCAGCCACCUUGACACUUUGAUACAUUUCUAAUUCUGUAGAGUUUAUUGUUAAAUUGCUUCUCGAGUCUAACCAGCCUUAGCAGUGUGCCUAGACUGUUCCCAGGAGGGUCUAUACCCAGAUGCUCUCUUCUUUCCGAAAUCCACCCAUCCUCAGCUUGUGCAAACUGGUUGAAUGGCAGGAAUGAAAAAUAAAGAGAUGGUUUUU